AUGGCAGAAAAUAAUGGUCACGAGGAUAUGGAAUAUCUUUUUGAAGAUACUUCCCUUGAAGACUUUCAAGUUCAGUUGGACAGAAGAUGGGUAACGCGUUCCUCAAUGAAAGUUGUUUUUGAGAACAAAUACGGUGGUGCCAUUCACGGCCACGGAGCGCAGCGUUUGCAUCGAAUCAUGAACUUGACCGAGACGAAGAUCGAAAUCGACAAGGCAAGAGAGCGACACAGGCUUGCAACUCAUAGAGAUGCAAUCAUUAUUGGGGAGAAGACUUCUGUCGAGCGAGCACUUUUCCUUUUGCAUGUGUGUGCGAACAUUCUUUAUUCUUAUGUCUCCUCGCAUUUAUCGCUGGAAGAUGCUGUGAUGCAAUGGCGAGCAAAUGCAGUGAAGAAUUCAGUGAGAAUGGACAAGAAUCAGAACUUCGAAUCUGGGUACCACUCAAAACAGAGAACCGUCGAAGCCGACUUAUCUAUUUGUACCGCAUCUGAGUUGAGUCACUUUCCGAUUGAUGAGACCUGUCCAGUUGUCGAUCAAAACGACUUCCAAAGCCGCAUCGAAAGACUGAGAUUGAAUGAUCAUCCGCGCACAAGUGAUUCCGCUUCAGCUAUAUACGAAGCUCGACGAGACCAGCGACGGAAAUUGAUUGAAUCAUCCACAGAUGAACCAAGUUUUAUUGAGCCGCCUGUCAGUGAAUCUCCUGUUGUUCAAUCGACAGUUCUUGAAGAACGUUUUAAUCAGCCAGUUGAACAAAUUCUCCCUAAACUCCUUACGGCAAUAAACUCUCUUGGCGACCUCGUAAAAGAUACUGGCCUCUUAGAAACCCUGAAAACAAACAAAGAUUACGUCCAUAUUACUGAAGGAGGCCUCUUUCAUGUUAGGUUCUCGAAACUCCAAGGAGAAGAUGACUUCGAAGCAAAAUUGAUUAACGACAGUGCCGCAGCAGAUGCUCCCUUCAAUGCUAAUGACAAAAUUUCAAUGGCUAUCGAGGAGUACGCGAUAAGAAUGGUCGCUGUUUUCAAGGAGAACUACCGUCAGAAAUCAUUCAGGGUCGGAGAGUUUACUGAUCAUUUGAAUGCUGACGAUUACGCGGUGUCAAUAAUCAGUUUUCUACAUGACUAUCUGGAGUACUUCUACCAUCUCCGUCUCCAAGAAAAUCUUAAUGAAUAUCCUGAAUUCUCCGUUCUUCAAAACAAGAGAUCGGCUUUCAAUAUUCAUUGCCUGAAUACGAUCAACUAUUUUCAAUUAAAAAAUGAUGGAAGCACUCUAUGGAGGAUCAUCGCCAGAGAGGCUUCACUAGAUUUUUGCUCUACCGAAGAAGCCUCAUCAAUGUACGCCGAUUACUUCAAGCGUUCUGGUGGAUCAAUAGAGCUGCGAGACAACAAUCUACUUCAAAUCAUGCGACUAAAAGAAAAUGAACAGCUGGUCUCGCCGAAUGAUUUCGCCGAUUGGUACAAAGAAUUUGCCUUUGGGAUAUUCAAGGACAGUAUCCAAACAAUGACGGCCGACGACGGGGAAGAAUUUCGCUACUUCAAUGAUGUGAAACUAAAGAACUUACAAUCGUGUGUCGGAGCUACCGUAGAAGUCGUAGAUGAAGAAGUUUCAGCGAUGAAAAACGAUUUAGAGCAGGAAAUCAAAGCGUUUGUCGAGGAAAAUGAUUUCAAAGUUGCAAAAGGACAAGAUGGCUUCAAAGCAGCUGGACUGUUUCCUUAUCUUGUCGAAGGCCGAGAGCACCUUUUGAAACCAGGACAGCUUCUUAUCUACAAUGGAUCGUAUAGGGAGCGCUGCAUGGUGAUAACUGUCGGUGAAGAUGACAAGAAUAAUGUCCUGAAUCAAGAUCGCUCCUACUUUGCUCGGCAUUCACCAUCAUCUCUGCAAGAGAAGCGUUGCAGAACAGCAAGAAGGAGUAGAGAAAGAGAUGAGUUUUCUGCAUGCAAAAGUGUUAAAGUGUACUAUCUUGAUUACGGGCAUCCUGAUACGGUUCCGGUAUCUGACUUGUACUUUGCCUCCCGUCAGUUCCUCAAAUGGCCCCUCUUAUCUGUCUCAGUUACGCUGUACAACUACAAGCUAGAUCAGGAAACGUACAGUGAUCACCACAAACUGUGCAAUGAAUGUGGAAAACAUGGGCUUGCAUGUUACGCAUAUGAUUUUUGGGAACGUAGACUUGCGUCUGAGGAAACUUAUCGUAUGCGAUUACUCAAGAAUUCUCAGCCUGACGAGUGGAGUCAAGGUGGUACCCCGCCUUUGGUCGUCCUUCAGAAAUCAACCAAAAAAUACGAGUUACUCAGAAAGAGCCUCGAUGUCCUUACAGCUUGGGUGAAUACUCGUGCAACCUUUGGCGACAACCAUGUUGUUACCAUGGAAAAGCAUGAAAAACUUUCGAAUUCUUCCGAUUAA